AUGGCGUAUUCGGGCGAUCUGCUCUGGGUGAACCAUGACGCCAAAAACCGCAAAGCGGAACCCAAUCGGCAUAAGGUCUUCUCGCACAUUCAAUCAGGUUACCACAAAUGGCGGCGAGUCGAGGCCGCGCGGUCGAUGAGGAAGUCCGUGGUGAUUCCGCGACUUCAGUCAGCAGCAAUCCGAAGGAGGCGGGAUGCCAAAGACACGCAAAAGAAAGAUGGCGAGGUCGAGUUCGACGUCCACAGAGACGAACAGGACGACGAUAACCAGCGGACGCGCGUCAAGCCCGAGGAAGCGCUGGAGCAGCCCAUCCAGAGCAUCGUCGCGUUCCGGGGCAAUUCUGAUCCUUUCAACUCCACGCCUGUGCCCAUCACCUCGCGCAUCAACGAGAUCAUGACCUUUGAGCGACGCUGCGUCUUCCCCGUCAUUCAAGGCCCCGAGCCUCAUCUUCAGGCGCAGGCCAAAGGCAACAUCCUUCCGUCGUGGUCGUCGUUCGCGUCGGACUCACUGUGCGAUAACAUGACCGCUCUCGCCUUCUUGUCAACCCCCUUGACCCUUAUGGCCCAAUCUUCUCCCGACUCUUCUAUCCUUAAAUUGUCACUGGUGCAUCGGUAUAGGAGUCUCCAAGCACUGCAGGCAUACAUCCGUGAACACGGCCAACCUCCUCUACAUAUCCUAAUGCACAACCUCGUCGCCGAGAUCUGGGCUCAUAACUGCGAUGAUGCGCUGGCCCACCUUCGCAUGGCCAAAAUUAUCAUGGAGUCCCAGAUGCGGGAGAAUCCAGCGGGAAUCGUCCCCUACAAAUGGAUCAGCGUGUUCCAGAUGGACAUUCACCGUGCCGCGUUGUCGUUGACACGGACUCUGCUGCCCAUGGACGGAUGGGGGACGGCCCCCUUCGAAGUGCCCUUACCUAUCAUGGAUGUUUAUCUGGACGCUUGUCUGAAGGGAGCACUUCGCGCACUGUUUAUUGAACUGCAGCAGCUGGACGCCCUCUAUGACUUCUUCAUCAACGAUCCUUCCGCGCGCCCUACCGUGUGGAAUUUCAUGCGGAUGCGGACGUUGGUGCUUAUUGGUAGAGCAAUCAACCACGCCGUCGACGGACGCGACGUCUCCGCGAGCCUUGCAUUGGCCUACGUCCUCAAGUUAGUUAGUGCACUGGAGAACAUCCCCGUUGGGGCUACUUCAAUUUACAACGCCGGGCCAAAAAUGCUGGGCCGCGUGCGAUCGUGUCUCGAUGCGGAGAGCCUGUCUCCACGCUUGAGGCUCUGGAUUCUAUACGUCGGCGCCUUGAGCGGAGAUGAAUGGUUCACUCAGAGGUUCGACGAACAGACGGUGUUAAUGGCUGUCCACACGUGGGAGGCGUGCAAGAAUAUUUUGUCCAGGUUCUAUCUGCCUAAGGACGAACCUCAGGUUCACUUCCACGCGAUCUUCGAUGCCAGGCUAAGCAACAGGAUUCUCGAGCUAACCACUGCUUUCCAAGACGUCAAGUUGCACGCGGGAUAA